GGCGGACAGGUCAGAGGAAAACCCGGAUCGCUCUGGCCGCCGAGGCAGCGUGUGCGCAGGAGGUGCCGCAGGCGUAGGCUCCGGGCCGGCCGGGUCGCGCAGACUGGCGCGGUUGCGCGCCACAGGCACUCAGGGUCCCCGCCCGGGUACGGGAUGGCGGCCAGCCUAUGGAUGGGAGACCUGGAACCCUACAUGGAUGAGAACUUCAUCUCUAGAGCCUUUGCCACCAUGGGGGAGACCGUGAUGAGCGUCAAAAUUAUCCGAAACCGCCUCACUGGAAUCCCAGCUGGCUACUGCUUUGUGGAAUUUGCAGAUUUGGCUACAGCCGAGAAGUGUUUGCAUAAAAUUAAUGGGAAACCCCUUCCGGGAGCCACUCCUGCAAAACGUUUUAAACUGAAUUAUGCCACUUAUGGGAAACAACCAGACAAUAGCCCUGAGUACUCCCUGUUUGUGGGGGACCUGACCCCCGACGUGGACGAUGGCAUGCUGUAUGAGUUCUUUGUCAAAGUCUACCCGUCCUGCCGGGGCGGCAAGGUGGUUUUGGACCCGACAGGCGUGUCUAAGGGCUAUGGUUUUGUGAAAUUCACAGAUGAGUUGGAACAGAAGCGAGCCUUGACGGAGUGCCAGGGAGCAGUGGGACUGGGGUGUAAACCCGUGCGGCUGAGUGUGGCCAUCCCUAAAGCGAGCCGGGUAAAGCCAGUGGAGUACAGCCAGAUGUACAGUUACAGCUACAACCAGUAUUACCAGCAGUACCAGAACUACUAUGCCCAGUGGGGCUAUGACCAGAACACAGGCAGCUACAGCUACAGCUACCCCCAGUAUGGCUACACCCAGAGCACCAUGCAGACAUAUGAAGAGGUUGGGGAUGAUGCUCUGGAAGACCCAGCACCACAGCUGGAUGUGACUGAAGCCAACAAGGAGUUCAUGGAGCAGAGCGAGGAACUGUAUGAUGCUCUGAUGGACUGUCACUGGCAGCCCCUGGACACUGUGUCCUCAGAGAUCCCAGCUAUGAUGUAAGCAGGACAUGAAGACAGAGGCCUAGAGCAAUGACCCAUUUUCUAUUGUGAAGCUUCUAUCUUUUUGGAUGUGAUUUAUAAUGUUUUAAUAAAUUACUGUUUCCUGA